AUAUUAUCUUUGAAAUUACCCCCACUUACUUAUUUUUCACUAAGAAAAAGUACUGGGACAACUAUUUCAAGUUAUCAACAAUCCCCUCAGGAGACAUUUGAAUGGAAUGGUUUCAUUGAAGAUGUAACAGAUUAUAACUAUCAACCAACACAGCAACAAUUCAAACAACCACAUUUUUUGGACUUUCGAAUUUCUGAUGAACCUUGUGUGCAUCAAGCAAUUGAUCAUAAUAUUUUUCAGUUAUUAAAUACUCCUGAAGGCA